AUGUCGACCUCUCCAUCCCUAAUUGGCAUCCGCGCACACCUGGCCAUCAGCUUCAGUGAGUGGGCUGUACUGCUUCGUCUGCUUGAUAGCUAAGAUUAAAGAGCUGACAAGGACCAUCCCCUCGGGACGGACCAGAUUGCGGAGAGGUAUGUGCGCUCUCGGGUCCCAAUGCAGCGGUCAAUCUCUGAGUGUCUAUUCGUCAAACUGCGAUACCUCACCAACCCUCUGCUAGGACGGCCAUUGGAAAGGCGAAGUAAGUCGUGCCUGGGCUGUCCGCAUUGUAGAGCUCUAAACGUGGCUGAUCUUUUGAGAACCACAGUGCCCUCAACCACCGGUCGUCAGGAACUGUUACAAGGUACAUUGAAGCGCCCCGGUUGCGCUCAACAUUGCCAUGACUCAACGUAUCCUGCCUGUCCUCGUCUUUGCAGUGCGGGGAGGUAAGUCAUUGUGCGCUGGUUCAUCGAGCCGCAUUCAGACAUGAGAAAGCCAAAGCAUGAUCUUGCCUUGUCACGACGUUUGUGCAGCCCGGACACUUCGUGAGUGCUGUGGGUGUACGGUGCUCGACAGUCUUGAUCCGAACGACUGAUCAGAGACACCGAACCCUCCGAACCCUCCUUGAGCAGGCACGUGAAUGCCCUGAGUCGUUUAACGGAGGCGGAGGAGAGAAUGGCGGUUAUGGUCAAGGCGGUGGCUACGGCAGCAAGACGCGCCAAUGGGGUGCACCACGCAACCACAAUGAAGGCGGCUACGACCAAGGCGACAGCGAUCGAUACGGCAACGAUCGACCGCAAGGGGGAGGUGGAGGCGGUCGCGCAUGUUUCCGAUGCGGAGACCCAGGUCAUUUCAUUGCUGACUGGUGAGGAUCCUCUUGACCGCGUGUUCCGGCCAUCUCAUUCGCUGACCCUUCGGCUACUUCACCUCAUCUGUGUCAGCUCACAACCGCCACCAGCUCGUUUUGGUCUGAGCGCUGCUGGAGACAACGGAUACAUGAGCUUCAACGGCUCGGAGGACGUCAAUGGGUUUGCCACCAAGACUCAAGAUUCGGGCUAUGGUGAUCGUCGCAAUCGUCCCCCUCGCACCGAUGCAGACGACGAUGUGCCCUAUGGGGGCACUGAGAAGCGGAACGCCCCUCAAGAGGAGGCGGAGCAGCCUGACGUUGAAGAAGGCGCGGAUCAGGGAGAGCAAGCUGACGAUGGAUGGGGUGAAGAAGCCAACGAUCAAAAGAAUGGUGAAUCGGCCCAUCAAUCGCCAAACAAUUCGAACGAUGUCGACUCCAGUGUGAAAGAGGUGGUAGACCUGCUCACUCCACUCACCAUCGACCGCAAACCUCAUGCCAAGCACAACGACGAUGACGAGGAGUAUGCUGAUGCGGACGACGGCGAAGACAGCGCAGAAGGCGUCCUGUCUGGUGUCGACGAUGGUCACUCCGGCUGGGAGUAG